UAUAUAUCCGGAUUCAGAUGACGACAUGUCGAUAAACGAGGUCAGCUUCCCUAACCUCGGCUGGGUAUGAAUUGGUAUCGAAGCGAAAGGGAAAUUGAACUUCUUCAGGAGCCCUAAUUGCAGAGAUUCGCCAGCUUCUGAGUUCGAAGCUCAAAGAGGCAAAGGAAGAUGGGGAAGAAACAGCACAGUAAAGACCGUUUGUUUAUUACGAAAACUGAAUGGGCCACUGAAUGGGGCGGAGCCAAAUCCAAGGACAAUCAAACCCCUUUCAAGCGGCUUCCCUUUUAUUGCUGCGCGCUUACAUUUACACCCUUUGAGGACCCUGUAUGUACUGCCGAUGGCAGCAUCUUCGAGAUAAUGAAUAUCAUCCCUUAUAUUCGGAAGUACGGUAAAAAUCCUGUUACUGGAGCUCCCCUGAAGCAGGAGGAUCUUAUUCCUCUGAUUUUCCACAAGAACUCUGAAGGUGAGUUCCAGUGCCCUGUACUAAACAAAGUUUUUACCGAGUUCACUCACAUAGUUGCUAUAAAGACCACUGGAAAUGUUUUCUGCUACGAGGCAAUUAAAGAACUAAAUAUCAAGACAAAAAACUGGAAGGAACUUCUCACUGAUGAACCAUUUAGUAGGGAAGAUAUUAUAACCAUUCAGAACCCUACUGCACUUGAUAGCAAGGUUCUCCUGGAUUUUGAUCAUGUGAAAAAAAGCCUGAAAGUUGAUAAUGAAGAACUUCAGAAAAUGAAAUCAGAUCCAACAUAUAACAUAAAUGUGUCGGGUGACAUCAAGCAGAUGUUGAAGGAACUUGGAACAGAAGAAGGAAGGCAAACUGCACUUCAUGGGGGAGGUGGUGGCAAGGCACAGAAAGAAAGGGCAGCUGCCCUUGCUGCAAUUUUAGAAGCUAGGUCACGCAUCAAAGAAAAUUCCAAGGAAAAUGCAAAAGGAGAGGAGACACCUACUCAGGCAUUUAGUAUUGUGGAUGCUGCAUCUGCUUCAGUACAUGGAAGAAGUGCAGCUGCUGCGAAAGCUGCUCCUAGUGAAAAAACUGCAGCUCGAAUUGCCAUGCACAUGGCGGGUGAGAGGGCACCGGUGAAUGCUAAGAUGGUAAAGAGUCGUUACACUACUGGGGCUGCAUCCCGAUCCUUUACAUCUACAUCUUACGAUCCUGUUACAAAGAAUGAACACGAAUAUAUCAAGGUUGAGAAAAAUCCAAAGAAGAAAGGAUAUGUACAGUUGCACACAACUCAUGGAGAUUUGAAUAUUGAGCUGCAUUGUGAUAUUACUCCAAGGGCAUGUGAGAAUUUCAUCACACUGUGUGAAAAUGGCUACUACAAUGGAGUUGCUUUUCAUAGAAGUAUUAGGAAUUUUAUGAUUCAAGGUGGUGAUCCAACUGGUACUGGGAGAGGAGGUGAAUCUAUAUGGGGAAAGCCCUUCAAAGAUGAACUCAACUCCAAGUUGCUUCAUUCUGGAAGGGGAAUUGUCAGUAUGGCAAAUAGUGGUCCCCACACUAAUGGUUCCCAGUUCUUUAUUCUAUACAAAUCUGCCAAUCAUUUAAACUUCAAGCAUACUGUAUUUGGCGGUGUUGUUGGUGGUUUGACUGCUUUGGCAGCUAUGGAAAAGGUUCCUGUUGAUGACAAUGAUCGGCCUCUGGAGGAGAUCAAGAUUACAAGUGUCACAGUCUUUGUCAAUCCAUACUCGGAACCCGAUGAAGAAGAAGAAAACAAGCAAAAAGACGAGAAGAAUGUUGAAGAUGAAGAAAACGAUAAGGUUGGAUCAUGGUAUAGCAACCCAGGCACCGGGGUAGCUGAAAAUGGAGCUGCAGGUGGCGGUGUAGGGAAAUACCUGAAAGCAAGGAAUACCCAAUCCAAACCCCCUGCUGUUGAUGCUAGUCUAGGAGCAACUACCUCGACCAAGAAAAGGACAGCUGCAGGAGAGUUCAAAGACUUCUCUUCGUGGUAAGAAUCCAUAUAGACCAAUUUAGAAAAGGGCAUAGGUUUUGCAGCUAGCCCUUAAGUUACCGUUUUCUUUUGGUGUUUAAAUCUUACAAGUUAUUGGAAUGGGGAGCGGGUAAAAAGGGUGCAUUUGGCCUAUUGAGUUCUGGAAUCCAUUACUGACGACAGAAGUUCAUUUCACAAACUCUUGAGUUGUAGAUUAUGCCUAAGGACAACCCUUCCCCCAAACCCAAAAAGAGAGAUAGAUAGAGAGAGAGAGUGAGAAAAAGAGGGAGAAGCUUAAUUCAGACAUGAAUCCUCCUUUUCCGACAGUGUGCUGUAAAAAUCAAUUGGCAGAUAUAAGAACGGCUCUACUUCUUCCAAUAGUAUUUAUAUUUCAAAGCUGUUUCUCUGCUAAGGAGUAGUGAGUAGUUAUAUGCCAAAGUGAGGAUAACUCAGCCGUGUACUCAUACUUAGAAUUGGAGAUUUGAACCUUCAUACUCUCAUAUUUUUUGUACUAAAAGAAAUGAGUUUGACCGCAUGCUGAAUUUCCAAGUAAAGUUGUAUUUCAACCGUACCCAACACUGCUGAAUUAUCUUGUUCACAGCUUUGCUGUCGAUCCAGACUUUAAAUUUUGAUC